AAAGUCGAAACAUGCGGACGCGUCUAGGGGACGCGUGUAUGAAAGCCGAUAAUAGCGUGUUUUCUCCGUGCACAACGAGUUCUCUUUUGAUAAAAAGCUGAAAUCUUUUCUACUUCGAUUAUUUCUUCUCUCAAUAUAAGAGGAACCCAAUUCGCAUCACUUUCAAGCUAAAGAAAAAUGGGAGGUGGAAAGGACAAGGAGGAUCAUGAUGAGAAAGGAUUGUUUUCAAAUCUUGCUGGAUAUGCUGCUGGACACGCUGGUGGUCACUACCCCCAACAUGGAUACCCUCCUCAGGGUUAUCCUCCACAAGGCUACCCACCGGCUGGAUAUCCUAAUCCUGGUGGUUACCCACCUGCCGGAUAUCCUCCCUCUGGUGGAUAUCCUCCCUCUGGUGGUUAUCCUCCCCCUGGUGGUUACCCUCCCUCAGGUGGUUAUCCUCCUGGUGGUUAUCCCCCUGGAGGUUAUCCUGGUUCAUCAGCUCCACAUCAUUCAGGGCACGGAUCUGGUGGUAUGGGAGCAAUGUUAGCUGGAGGUGCCGCAGCUGCUGCUGCGGCAUAUGGGGCUCACCAGAUCUCACAUGGUUCUCAUGGUGGUCACUAUGGCGGGGGCUACGGCCAUGGUCUUGGCCACGGCCACGGAAAGUUCAAGCAUGGGAAGAUGAAGCACGGGAAGUUUGGGAAGCACAAAGGCAAGUUCGGGAAGCACAAGGGCAAAAUGUUUAAGAAAUGGAAGUGAUGACUGCCUCAGCUACUAUAUCUUAGCAUAUACUAUAAGCAGCUUUCUGCCAAUUCUAUCAUCGUUUGCUUCUGUUUUUCCGUUUCGUCAUGAAUCCAGAUUUUAAAUAAACCCAGAAUACAUACAUAACUAUGCUUGCUUUCUGUGAUGCUGUUUACAAUCUAUGAAGAAGUCGAGUAUGCUUUUUUAGCAGUGGCACCUGUUUGGUUCCCAUUUUUUGUACAUUCUAUUGGCUUCUUAGUUCUUGCAAUUGUUUUGCAGACAGUUUUCCUUUGGUAGGGGAGAGAGAACUGUUCCAUUUUUUGUAUUUUCUCCCAUUCUUGACAUAACAUAGUAUCUCAAAUGUAAUUUUGGAAUUGAUUGCCUCAAUUACAUGUACAUCUUAA